GAGUGUGUGCGUGCGAUGCGAGCGGACCGGAGCGACGACGGCAGUCGGUACGCGGACACUAGACACGUUGCGCGCUCGAUCCACCACCGGCCACACCGCCCCGGCGUCGUGCCAGACAUCGUGUCGCAGGGUCGAAACGAUAAAUUAACGUCGGGCCGACAAUACACGCACGGGCCUCGUUGUCGCGUCUGGAUCUAAAGAUGCGAUUCAUUUUGGAUACUGCAAGAACGAACUAAGAGAGGAGGAACGGUGGUGAUGAUUGGUGCGCCCAACCUUCGAAAUCCUGGACCUAACGGGACCUUGACCAAUGGCAGUAGAGCUUUUCAAUGCCACCCGGAAGGAGAAUCCGAGGCUACCAUAACACUCACGCUUGUCGGCUUGGGCAUAGUUGCAAACACGGUGCUUAUGGCCCUCAUAAUAUUCAACAAACAUCUGCGAAGGUGGUCGCAAGGACUAUUAUUCCACCAGGCGAUGGUGGACUGCGCGAGGGCGGCCAUAUUGAUACCGUUGGCGCACAGCCUCCUUUAUUGUGUGCCCGUGAAAAAAUGUAGCCUGGUCGAAACCGCGUUCCUGUUGCUGGUCACCGUGUCCACAAUAAACAUGCUGACCAUCGUCCUUAACGAUUCACCGGUGUUUCCGGAGGACGAUGAGGAAGACGGCUAUCAGGUGUCUUCGGUGCCACUGUUGCUGGACUCGCCGCAGUGCGUCGUGUUCGGCACGUUCAUGAUAUGGUUCGCGGCCAUCACCAUCAACCUGGGCCCGACAUUCAUGAGCGGCGCGCUGGCCGCUGGCGCCGAGGUGACCAGGGACAAGCCGGGCUGUCCGCUUGUUCACGGCCCGUUCCGGCACUACAUACUCAACGCCCUGUGGAUAAUCAUCAACCUGCUGUGCGUGCUGCUCACGCUGUUCCACUUGCGCAAGCUGCACAGGGACCUGACCAAGGCCAACGUGGAAGCCGUCAGGGUGGCCGGACUGGUAACCACGUUGGUAAACGUAACCGGCAACAAUUACUCGGACCCGCGACAUGCACCGAGGAGAAGUUUGGGUGCGGUGGAAGAGCACCAGAGAAUGCGCAACUACCUGUUGCGCAUCGAGAGGGAAGGCGUCCAAAAGGUUAAGAUGUUCGUGGUCAUCACUGCGGCGUAUGUGAUCUUCUGGGGACCACUAUUUUUCGUCACGUUGGUACAACACCCGUUAUCCGGCAAUCGUUCCGAUUACGAGGUGACGCUGCACGUGGCCAAUGGCCAUUCGUUCGUCAACGCCAUGCUGUUCCUGGUGCUGCACCGGGGACUCCGGCAAGCGGCCGCCGACGCUUGCUGCACCAGCAUGUCCACGGUGGCCAGAUGGCUGACGGCCGGGUGGUCGCCGGAACCGUACACGCUGGACGCAUCGGUGCCGGGCAUGUCGCCCGAGCCAGUGUUGGCCGCGCCGCCACCACCGCCGCCCACCAGUCUGCCGGCGUACACCAUUCGGCACACUUCGAUGAGGACUAGGCCGAUGAACCGUUUCCCGGGUGCGCACCACCGGGAUCUGCACUACGACUACCAUUCGUCGCAUCCCAACCUACACGACAUGUCGGGCAUCAACAUGGGUCGGUUGUACAACAGUCAUGAGUACCUGCCGAACGAUUACCGCCGAUACAACCACUACUACCAUCACCGGGAAACGCCACCGUGCUCGUCGCCCGAAUGAUUUUAUUUCGCGUCGUCGUCGUCAUCGUCGUCGUCGUCGUCGUCUCUCCCGCGUGUUCGUGUCGUUCCCGUUUCGCGGCCUCCGGGCCGUCGUCACCCGAAUAAAUCGUAAAAAUAAAAUCCAUAAAAAAUAAAUAAAUCUUCCGAAAUCAUUCUUCCGCGCGCGAGCGCGUCUAGGACUUAGGAGGCGGCUAUGGCGGCGGUGGCGGCGGUGGCACAGUGUCGGAGGUGGCGGGCGGUUCGGUCAUAUAAAGCGCCACCCCCCCCCCCCACCCCAGACUACGAGGGGAUAUUUCACCCGCCCACGACUCUGACCGCCCUCACGACUUUGGCGGCGGCGGAUAUCGAACGAACGACCGCGACGGACCGACCUAACGGCGGCGAACCGAAAAUCCGCUCGCGGAACGACGUGGUCACAAAUGCACGCAGUAUUAUAAUUAUACGUACACUGCGAUACCAUAAUUAUUAUACCAUAUCGUCUUUACGUCGUACGAUAACACUGUCGCCGCGUAUUUAUAAUAAUAUAAUAUACCGACUAUACGACCAAUAUUUACAAGUAGGUAUUAGGUGUGUGUGUGUGUAUAGGUAUGUAUAGAUAGAAUAUAUGUUAUGCAUACCUAUUACCUAUUUAUAUCAAUCUUCGCGGAGUCUCAUAUCGUCCCGCUCGUUUGUUUUUCGAAUUUAUCUCACACGCCGCGCCACCGCCAUCUCGGACCCCCCUCCCCCCUUUUCGACGCCACCCUCGUGUGUCCCGCACUCAACCACUUUGGCCUACUUUUCGACAACCGUCGCCGUCGUCCCCGGAAAUACCGCUCACCGGGCGCUCAGCCUGUUUUCGAACAUAAUAUACGUUUUUGUGCUAGCACGUUCUCAUCAUUAUUUUUUACUUUAUUAAAUACAUUAUAUUAUAUUAUAAAAAAAAAAACCAUUACCAUUAUUAUUAUUAUUAUUAUUAUUAUUAUUGUAUGUCUAUUAUAUUGUGUCCAUGAUUUACGUUUUUUGUGAAACAUCAAAGUAAAACAUCUAUAUCUAUAAACACUUGAAUCCAAUCUAUAA